ACGUGCAUAUUAUCGCGGCGGAUCAGAGACGAACACGAAGCUUGAUAUUGUCAUUUUUGUGAUAUAAAAUAAUAAUUGGGAGCAGAAGAACUAACAGGAUCAUCUUUGGUUUUAUUCAGAGUCUUUGGUCACUCUUGAUAGACUUAGACGUUUAGGAUGGGUGGAAUCUUGAAUAAUAAGAUAGGAGGGUUUUUAUUUUUGUCCCUCCUCUCGUUUACUGCUUUCUUUGGAUCCAUGUUGAUGAUGGGGCCCUUGAUACCUCUUAUGUUCAUCAGACCUCUUGCAUUCAGACACAUCAAUGAUAACCUCAUGGUUUUAUGGUUGACACUACCAGUGCUUUUUUUAGAAGUGAUAUUUGGAGUGAAAUGUAGGGUGAGCGGUGACAGACUGAGUAAAUCAGAGAGGAGCGUUAUCAUGAUGAACCAUCGGACGAGAUUGGAUUGGAUGUUCUUCUGGAUACCUCUCUUCUCUCUCAGUUCUGUCAGAUCAGAGAAAAUCAUCCUCAAGAAUGAACUCAAACAUUUACCAGGGCCAGGCUGGGCUAUGCAGAUUGCGUCAUAUAUCUUCUUAAAAAGACGUUGGGAACAAGACAAAGAAUGGUUGGCCAUGAUGUUAGAUUACUUCUGUGAUAUGCGAUACAAUGCUCAGUAUCUCAUCUUUCCUGAAGGAACUGACUACACUGAUGACAGCAAGAAUAAAAGUGAUUCCUAUGCAAACAAAUAUAAUCUACCAAAGUAUGAGUAUGUUCUGCAUCCUCGAACAACUGGUUUCAAAUUUAUUAUGGAUCAUUUAAGAAAACAUGAAGCAGUGGAUGCCAUCUAUGACGUGACAGUGGCCUACCCUGAUAGGAUACCUGUAGGUGGAGAGAUGGAUAUCUUCAAGGCCAAACUACCCAACGAGGUCCACUACCAUGUGAAACGAUAUGACAUCAAAUCCCUACCUCAAGAUACAAACUAUGAAGACUGGUGUGUAGAGAGAUGGAAGGAGAAGGAGGUCCAACUCAUGGAGUAUUACACCGGAGACAAGAGGUUCGUGUCCAGCAGUUCCACCGGGGACGGCGUGGACAGAGGAUAUGUGUCCGCGAUCAGUAUCACUCUCUUCCUCGCGUUGGUCUACUGGAUCUUCUUCUUGUGCUUUAUUGUGUGUCUGUUGGUGUACACUUCCAUUGCAUGGUGGCAUACCCUAAUUGUUGGAUUGUUCUUCACAGGUGUGGGGAUCUUCUAUGGUGGUAUGGAGAGGCUGAUGGUGAAUGCUUAUAACUGGCAUGUGGGACGGACUACACGAGAGAAGUCGUCAUAGCUCGUUGACUGUAUGCCGGGUAUCUACAGCCAAAGAAAAACAGCAGAAUGUAAUUUCGAAAAAAGCCUUUUCUUUCUGAAGAUAUGAGAAUAAAUCUAUACAAGAUAUACUCUGUCCUACUUUGGCAAAGGAAGCAAGUUACAUACCAGUCACAUUUUAGAGAUUGAUAUUCUACUUGAUGUGCUCAAAUUCUUGAACUAUGCAUAACAUAACAAUUAGGGCUGAGUCAAAGCUGACGGUCCACCAGUGAGCGACCGAUGCCACCAAUCACCGAUGCAAUAUCUUCCAGACUGAUGCACCACUAAAAUAAAGAAUACAUAAAAAUCAGUAUCACCAAAGACUAAGAAUAUCAACCACUUUAAGACUUAUGGUUCAUUGUCUAGAUCUAUAUAUGAAACCUUUCACAUUAUUAUUUCUAGUUUAAAAAAAAAUGUAAUGACUCAGCCCUAAUUACAGUAACUUGAUUGUGUUCUUGUUCUAUGUAAUGAAGUACCAACAUUUUUCUGUUUGAAGGGAAUUGAAAUGAAUAUGAAUCCGAUUCAGUGCAUGUUCUAGACAUUUGUAAAGUCUCGGGUAACAUUGGAAACAAUUUUUGAAACGGCUCCCCCCCCUCCGAUAAAAAAAUAUGGCGUUAUGGCAUGCACCUGUAAUCCAAGCUACAUGGAGAAGUUACAAUGCAACGCCCAAGUUCGAGGUUCGUGCUCUGGUUCUAAUCUUUUUGAAGGUGAUGACCAAUCAUAUCUGAUUGAUGCAUGUCUGUAAAAACUAAAUUAUGCGCAAAAUAUGUUAGUAAAUUACAGAUCUAACCUUUGUCACUUGCUUCCUUUUGCCAUAACGGGACAGUGCUACAUGAAGUGCUGAAUAAUGAGCAUUGGUUAACAGUACUUUCAGAUUCUCUUAGUAUUCUAUAUUAUCCUGUGCUCCACAUCAUGCCAAUUAUUGUAUCCCCCGAACAGAGUUUGGAGGAUACUAUGGAUUUGGCCUUGUCGCGCCGCGUCCGCCGCCGCAGAGAUUUCCUUGUGACCGCUCUAUCAGCUGCAUUUCUUCUCCGAUCAUCUUCAAAUUUGGCAUGAAGGUCGAGUAUGGUAUAGCGGAGCCGCCAAUCGAUUUUGGUGUGGGCGGAGGUCAUUU